AUGCCAGUUCGAGCGGAAGCAUUUAGUGCGAACUAUAACAAGGGCGAAUUUAUCGUCGCCGUAUUCUUUUAUUUGUUUGUUUUAAAUAGAAAAAAUGCUCUAAUUACUAAGGUCCUGAAAGGUUUUUAGUACUUUUUGAUAAUUACUCCAUGUUUGAAUUACAGUCUUGGCAACUCCGACUACCAAGAUGGCCGCUAACAAGUUAAAACUAAUAGAAUGGCGCACUUUUCAGCUUAAAAAAGAAGAAAGUGUAUGUUUUACUAGAGUGCACGAGAAGCACACACACAAGACGAGUGACCAUUAUUUUUUUCAUGGCCCAAGUAAUGAUGUCAGAAGUGAUACCGCUGCAUUCUUCGGAGGGCCAAAGACUCCGAACAGAGACAUCUCAAAAGGCCUUGCACUAUCAACCAAUACUGUACAAAAUUUUCCAAAAACAGUUCAACUCAACGUAUUGUGGACUGGUCAGUAGCAUAAUGGCAAUGAAUGCUAACUUUAUUGGCCAACAUGGUCACUUUCAAGAUGGCAGCCCUCAUGUCCCGUUCACUGAAGCAAAUAUCUUUACAUUCAAGGAGACACAAAACAUUCUUAAACAGUCUGAGGUUGAAAAAGAAGGUUGCACUCUGGAGCAGGUUCACGACUUAAUAAGAGCUCAUGGCUACAAUUCCGUUUUAUAUCAUGCCGCUGACAGCUCUUUGGAGGAGUUCUGUGCCAAAGCUAAAUGUGCACUCAACCAGAACUCACUCACUUCAGUUAUUAUUAAUUAUGACUUGAAAGUUAUUUAUCCGCAUCAGAACGUUGGUGGUCAUUUCAGUCCUUUGUGUGCGUACCAUGAAGAAAGUGAUCGCUUUCUCAUCCUUGAUACUUGGCCGAAAACUGAGGAAUGUUGGGUAAAAUCUGACCAUUUAUUUAACUCUAUGAACACUGUUGAUCCAUCAGUUUCAAAGACUCGAGGCUACAUCAUUGUCUCCAAAUAAUGAAGCUUAAUACUGUCAUAAUCAACACCGUAUACUGACAUGUAUUUAUGGUAAACACUUAGAAAGCAAGUAUAGUACUAAGAGUUGAAAUAAUGUUAUUAUUAGACCUUAAUGAUCAACAAGCACCAAGUUCUGAAAUAAUUUCCUAAAUUGUGUUUUAAAGGUUUUUGAUGGUUUUUUUUUUUAAGGCAGUGUAUAUAUAAUUCCGGUCUCUAUCUAGUUGUUUCACUCCACUGUCUGCAGGAGGAAACCAUCAUCCCCUAAACGCCCUCGUUUUAUCUAUCCACCUUCUUUUCUGUCUGCAGAACUUGGCAAGACACCAAUUUGUUUACAAUUCCAAGUUAUGAAACUCUGUAUGCUGCAUAGGCCAAGUAUUGUACAGACAUUAUCAGGCUUAGAGAGUGGAGUUUUUAGCUGUGAUAAAAAACCUCUCACUGACAGGAAUCAAACUCAGGACUCAGAGAUGAGCUUCUUCUACCGGGUAGCUCAGACACGAAGAUUAGGGGAGAAGAAAGUUACUGUGUACUAUGUAAUUCUAUACCAAGCUAUAGCUCCUUUCAUCAUUGUUCUGCUUUUAGGCUGUUUCUUGGUUAAGUUUGAUAUUUAUUAAUUACUGUAUUAGUAUUUAUAUAUUUCAAAUUUUUUACCAUUUCAAAAUUCUGAUGUAUAUACAUAUAUUGUGAGAAUUUUCUGUCUGAACUGUUGAAUCAGUGACUUCCCUAUUAUACUAUGGAACAAAUUACCAUUUUUCUUUGGUACGAUGUUAUUUAUGCAAUAUCGGUGCAAUAUACAGUACAAAGGAGCAUUGGCUGCAUAGACAUCUGUAAUUUUAAACAACUCAAUAUCGUAACCGUACCGUGUAAUAUAACUAGUACAUAUGCAAAAUGUAUGUUGUAUGUGUAUUAGUAUAUCAAUGCAGAUCUGUAAGAUAGCAAUUUAAUUGACAUUUGCAUUAUAAGUUCAUGAUACAAAAAACAUAACACAAAAUUGACUAAUAAGGUUGAAAGGUAUUGGCAAUAGGAAUACUGUAGAUAUUUAUUUUAUUCUCAUUCAACAAUGAGUGACUGUAUGAGCCAUGAGUAAAAGGCCUGGUGCAAUGCAGGAUUUGAACCCAAGCCCCUGGAUGGAAAGGCAGGUGUCUUAAACCACCAGGGCUACAGCACCAUAAUAUAUGGAAAAAUUACAGCACAGUAUUGUGCGUGAACACAAAUGAAUAACAGAAACAUUAACAUCAAAUAAAACAUUUAUUUUGUGACAUUAA